UGCAAUUAAAGAUUAUAAGGAAAAAAGAUAUGAUCAAGCCUUUAAAUCUUUUUGCAAUCUUGCUACCACAGAUUGUGCAGGAAAAAACAAUGAUGAAAUCUAUGGCGUGGCCACAUAUUAUAUUGCUCUUUGUUAUAUGUAUGGAAAUGGUGUAGAACAAGAUAGAGAAUGA